AUGGGUGCAAAGUUUUUUGUGUACGCGGGCAGGCGCUGGCGUGAGUUGGAUACCGAAGACGGAAGCUUGGAAGGCUGGGGCCGCGCGAGAUUCGUGUACUUACGACGUGGACGGUUAAAUUUGGCCAGGAGAGGAGCGGUGCUCCGCGCGCUUCGGGCAUUGGGGACAGGUUGCGGCGUCGCAGCGAGGGAUGGCUUGCCACUGAGAAGCCAGUGGAAGAAACAGGAAAGUGCUCAUGCAUGCUACAUGUGUCAAUCGCGAUGCGGGCUCAUUUCUCAUCAUUGUGCACAGUGUGCGAAGGACGCGAAGUUUGAUCGACUGCUGAGGCCGGAGACGAGCGAGGCGGGCGUGCAGUGCGUGGUGACGGCCAACGCCGGGGUCCAGGCUACGCUGGCCGCUCACUCGCAGCGUAGCGGCAGCCAGCUUAGAUGGAACCGAGAGGAGGCAGCCGCUGUGACGUCACAGGCCAGGCGACAGAAGGGCAGGAGCCGGCGGCAGAGGGCGGGGAAGGGGCGCCGCUCGCUGAGCUCCAAUGACGCCCUGACGUCGAGCAGUGGAGGGCGAGGAGACGACCUCUUGAAGGAGCUGAUCAUCGACCAGUCGGACGUUACGCUGAUCCGCGGUUUCCUGGCGCGGGGCGGAGGGGGGGGCUGGCUCGGCCUCGACCUGGACCAGUUCGACGCUGACGAGGCGUACAGGGAGCGAGUGUUCUACCGGAUCAACCCGCUGGUGGUGGUCGAGCGGUGCCCGCGCGUCGGGCGCAUGCUGAGCGACGGGCGGGGGCGGGGGCGGACGGACGACCUCUCGAUACGGCAGUUCAUGACGGUGCUCGGGCUGCGAACAGUGGGCGAGGGCGAGGACGAGGCGCCGCGGCGGUACAAGACGCGGGCCACCGUGCCAGCCCCGGCCCCACCCCCACCCCCUCCGCCUCCCCCUCCCCCUCCCCCUCUCUCGCCGCAACACGACAAGGAGAACGAGGCGAGGAGACGGGUGAGGCGGAGCACCUUCAAGCGGCCCGCCAAGGUGCUCAGAGAAGACAACGACGGAGGGGCGGCACGCUCCUCGAAGAGGGCGCGCGCUUCCAGCGCGGAGUCUGCGGCCUCAGCGCCCAACGGCGCGGUGCUCAGCAGCAGCGAUGAGUUCCUCGCGCCCAGGCCGCCGGACAGGACAUCGCGCAGCGGCGUUAAAGUCGAGAGUGGUCGCAGCGGCGGCAAGGGUAGCAGCGUCGGCAACAACAGCAAGGACAGUGGCAGUGGCGGUGGCGGCAAGGGUGGCAGUGGCAAGAGCGGCAGCGGGCGCGAGUACACCGCGGAGGAGGACGCUGCGAUCGUGGCAUGGGUGGCAAAAGGGGGGCGCGCUCGCUGCGUCAACGGGAACCGCCUCUGGCGCGAGCUGCAACGCCACCACGCAGAGGCCACAGGGACAGUGCGCUCGUGGCACUCUCUGCGCAACCGCUACCUGCGCUACAUCUUGCCCGCCCUGCCGCGGAUCGCCAACCCCCGCGACGCCGCGCGCCUCCGCGCUGACGCCGCCACCGGGGAGCUGAAAUCGCGGAAGCAAGAACCGAAGGAGAACUCGAUGCUGGUGCUACCGCGGGUUCGCAGCGCGUGGUCCCGCCGCCGUCCCACGCCCACGCGCUCGCCCACCCACUCGCCCACGCCCAGCCCAACUUCACCGACUAAGCCCCCUCGGCGACACACUUCCACUCCCACCGAGAAAUGGGUGCCCAGACGCACGCCGCGCUUCUCCGAGCUGGCGCGGCGUUUCGCCGACCGUCCGGACGGGGACUCCCCUACUCUGCGCCGCUCCCCGCGCGUCGGAGGGGCACCCCCGCCCCCCUCCCCGCCCGAGCCCGAGCCCGCGCCGGAGCGGCCCCAUCGGCGGAGGCUUUACAACCCCCACGCCGGGCUC